AUGCCUCGGGAGCAGCAGGCUGGCUGCAUCCUUCUCCUCGCAUUCCUGGGUCUGUCUGGACUGGUUGAUGCAGUUACCAGAACAUACUACAUUGGGAUUACGGAAGAAUACUGGAACUAUGUACCCAAAGGGAAGGACGUUAUUACUGGGAAAAGUUUCUCAGAAGAAAAACUUGCAACUUUAUUCCUCGAAAGAGGGCCCAACAGGAUAGGCAGUAUUUACAAGAAGGCCAUUUACAGACACUACACAGAUGGGACCUAUUCUACGGAGAUCCCCAAACCCUCCUGGCUUGGAUUCCUGGGCCCCAUCCUGAGGGCUGAAGUGGGUGAUGUGAUUGUCGCUCAUUUAAAGAACUUCGCUUCUCGCCCUUAUUCUUUGCAUCCACAUGGUGUUUUCUACAACAAAGAUUCAGAAGGAGCCCUUUACCCAGAUGGAACAUCUGGAAAGAACAAGGAUGAUGACAAGGUUCCUCCUGGCCAAAACUACACCUAUGUCUGGCCAGUGAGGGAAGAAUAUGCACCUACCCCAGCAGACACCAACUGCCUGACCUGGGUGUACCAUUCGCACAUCGAUGCCCCUAAGGACAUCUGCUCUGGGCUAAUUGGCCCACUGCUGGUGUGUAAGGAAGGCAUCCUGAAUAAAUAUUCAGGGACAAGGACUGAUGUGGACCGAGAGUUUGUUAUAAUGUUUACUCUGGUGGAUGAGAACCAAAGCUGGUACCUUAAUGAAAACAUCAGACAUUUCUGCGAUGACCCUGAUUCGGUUGACAAAGAAGAUGCUGUUUUCCAGAGGAGUAACAAAAUGCAUGCCCUCAAUGGAUACGUCUUUGGAAACUUCCCCGAACCUGAGAUGUGCGUUGGUGACUCUGUGUCCUGGCACCUGUUUGGAAUGGGGAAUGAGAUAGACAUCCAUUCCAUCUAUUUUUAUGGGAACACCUUCGUCAGCAGAGGGCAUCGCACUGAUGUUGUCAACCUGUUCCCAGCCACCUUGCUGACAUUAGAAAUGAUGGUCGAAAAUCCUGGGAAGUGGAUGAUAACUUGCCAAGUCAGUGACCACCUACAAGCUGGGAUGCUGGGACAAUACAAUGUUGGUACCUGCAAAGGUGAUAUUUCUCACCCCAAGAUGAAGGGUCAGCGGAGGCACUACUUCAUUGCUGCUGAAAAAAUUCUUUGGGAUUAUGGUCCUCAAGGCUACAACAAAUUCACUGGUCUGCCCCUAAAUGCCUCUGGAAGUGACUCGGAGCCCUACUUCACACAAGGGGACAACAGGAUUGGAGGAAAAUAUUGGAAGGUUCAGUAUAUAGAGUAUAUUGAUGCAACUUUUACUCAAAGAAAGAGACUCUCUAGGGCAGAAGCUCAUCUUGGAAUUCUUGGCCCAGUCAUAAAGGCAGAGGUGGGUGAUACCUUGUUAGUGACCUUUGCCAACAAAGCCGACAAGGUCUACAGCAUUUUACCCCAUGGUGUGCUCUUUGACAAGGCAUCUGAUGCAGCCCCAAACAUAGAUGGAUUUCUGAAACCAGGGGCUCAUGUAAAGCCAGGUGAAACUUUCACAUACAGGUGGACAGUUCCUGAAAGUGUAAGCCCAACAGCUGCUGAUCCCCCAUGUCUGACCUAUCUGUACUUCUCAGCGGUUGAUGCAAUCAAGGACACCAGCUCUGGCCUCGUAGGGCCUUUGCUAGUCUGUAAAAAGGACGUUCUCAAUGCCGAUGGGACGCAGAAAGGAAUAGACAAGGAAUUUUAUCUACUAUUCACAGUCUUUGAUGAGAAUCUGAGCUGGUAUAUUGAUGAAAACAUUCAGAAGUUUACCUGGCAUCCCUUCCGUGUUGACAAAGAGGACAAAGAGUUUGUGAAUUUCAACCGAAUGCAUGCUAUUAAUGGCUAUAUGUAUAGCAACAUGCCAGGCCUAAAUAUGUGCAAAAAGGAUAGAGUUUCCUGGCAUAUGAUUGGAAUGGGCACUGACACCGACAUGCAUGGAGUUUAUUUUCAAGGGAAUACCAUCCACCUACAAGGGACUCACCGUGACACCCUGGCCCUGUUUCCCCACACUACCAUGACGGCCUUCAUGCAGCCAGACCACGCAGGUGUUUUCAAGGUGUUUUGUUCCACCUUGCACCACUUCACCAGAGGCAUGAAUCAGAUAUAUGAAGUCAACAGCUGUGGCAACAGGGACCCUUCUGAGCAGCCCUACGGGAUGAUAAGAACCUUUUACAUCGCCGCUGAAGAGGUAGAAUGGGAUUAUGCCCCUAACAAAAACUGGGAGUUCGAAAAGCAUCACUUGGACGCAGGAGGGGAAAGACAUGGAGAUAUAUUUAUGAACCACACUGAAAACUGGAUUGGCUCUCAGUACAAGAAGGUGGUUUACAGGGAAUACACCAAUGGAGAAUUUGUGGAGAUUAAAGCACGGCCCCCACAAGAAGCACACUUGGAAAUCCUGGGUCCAAUGAUUCACGCAGAGGUGGGUGACUCCAUCCUGAUCGUAUUUAAGAACAAAGCCAAGCGGCCCUUCUCCAUCUCAGCCUACGGUGUGGAGGACAUGGAGAGUGGAAAGAGACUCCAGGUGCCCAUCACAAAGCCAGGAGAAAUAAAAACCUACAGAUGGAAUAUCCCUAAAAGGUCAGGCCCAGGGCCCUCUGACCCAAAUUGUAUUCCGUGGGUUUACUAUUCAACAGUAAACUUUGUGAAGGAUACAUAUAGUGGCUUGCUAGGUCCUCUCAUUACGUGCAGAGAAGGGGUGUUGAAUGAAAAAGGAAGAAGAAGUGAUGUUGACUAUGAAUUUGUUCUCUUGUUUUUGAUAUUUAAUGAGAAUGAAUCCUGGUAUCUGGAUGACAAUAUUAAGAAGUAUCUCAAUAAAGAUCCACGAAAUUUUAAGCACACAGAUGAUUUCGAGGAGAGCAACAAAAUGCAUGCCAUUAAUGGAAAAAUUUUUGGGAAUCUCCAUGGCCUCAUAAUGAAUGAAGAUUCAAUGACAAACUGGUAUUUGUUAGGAAUAGGAAGUGAAGUGGAUAUACAUACUGUCCAUUAUCAUGCUGAGAGCUUUCUUUUCAAAGUAAACAAAGCAUACCGAGGAGAUGUGUAUGAUCUUUUUCCUGGGACGUUCCAAACCAUUGAACUGUUUGCAGAUCACCCAGGGACAUGGCUUCUACACUGUCAUGUGACUGACCACAUCCAUGCUGGCAUGGAGACAACCUACACAGUCCUCCGGAACAUAGACAACAGGAUUCCUUACUCCACGAAGUCCUCUGAAGAAGCAUCCCACCCACCCACGGUGCCCCCCAAUGGAGAACCUGGUGAGGAGCAGCUCUAUUUCUUUGGCAAGACUCUAGGUCCCAGAGGAGCCAAGGCGGCCUUAGUGAUCCUUUUUAUCGUCGGACUCCUCCUGCUGAUAGCCACCGUGAGUCUCUCUCUCAGACUCCACGCCGCGAGGAAGCAGAUGGCGUACCAGGAAGUCCAGUCCUGUGCGCUCCCCACAGAUGCCCUGUGA